AUGUUGUUGGCAUUGGCAACUUAUUUGUUUGAAUGCUGGUUAUAUUUUCAUUUUUGUUUUUUUUCAGUAGAAUAUUCGGCCAGCAACUGUUUUGUUUACUUUCAAUUUAAAAAUGGUGAGAAUUACUGAAGAACUUGUUCGUAAAAAAUCCGAACACAAUGAAUGCCUCAUCAGUACUUUGGAAGAGCUAUCAUUGCAUCAAGAAGAUAUCGAAAAAAUCGAGCACAUUCAGAAUUGGUGUCGAAAUCUUCAAAUUCUCCUGCUACAAUCGAAUCUUAUUUCAAAAAUAGAAAAUUUACAUAAAUUCAAGAAAUUGCAAUACCUUAACCUUGCUCUGAAUAAUAUUGAAAGAAUCGAAAAUUUAGAACAGUUAGAAUCUCUGAAUAAACUUGACUUGACCUUGAAUUUCAUUGGCGAUUUAACUUCUGUUGAAUCUCUGCGCGAUAACUAUAAUUUGCGGGAACUAAUUUUAACUGGAAAUCCUUGUGCGGAUUUUCCAAAUUACAGAAAUUAUGUGAUUAUUGCUCUGCCACAGCUGCAGCAAUUGGAUAGUGAAGAAAUAAAAAUAUCCGAUAGGUUAUUAGCACGAAGGUAUUUUGAGAAUAAUCGAAAAGCAAAAGUUCAAGCUCAGGCUGACUAUAGCAUCAAAAGAGAUGAACAGAAAAUUCGUUAUGUUGAACAAAAAUCCGAAUUGGAAACGAAAAUGGCUUCAAUUGAGGAUGAACAAGAACGUAUAAAGUUGUUUUGGGAUUCAAAAACUGAAAAUUGUCCAGAAGUUCGAAGAGAAAUUCAUGAACAGCAGAAAAAAGCAAGAAAAGCUAAUUCUUCAACUGAUGAAAAUAAGCUUGUUAAAAAGAAACCACAAUUAUUUGCUCCAUGUGGUCGUCCUUAUAACAUUAAUCAACCCAAAUUAGAUUUUAAGUUUCGGGAUGAAAAUAAAGAAUUCGUGUUGGAAUUGAAGGUCUACAAAUUUUUAGAUACAGCUCAUAUAGAAGUUGAUCUCCAGCCAAAAUACAUUCGAGUAUCGAUAAAGGGGAAAAUAUUUCAAUUGGCACUAGCUGAAGAAAUUACAACAUCUGGAGCAAUAGUUCAGCGGUCCCAAAUAACUGGAGAGCUGCUUAUAAAAGCCCCCAAACUUAAUUUCGACAGUAGCCCUGAAACUUCGAGGAACUCGGCAGUUAUAAAUGGUGCAGCUACUUUGGAAACCAAAAAUAUUAGUUCAAGGCCUAUUCUAAAAGGACCAGUUAACUAUAGGAAUAUAGUAGACAAAUCAGAGGAAUCAAAUAAAGCAACUAUUCCCAAUGACAUUUCUGAUGUACCAGAUCUUGAAUAA